GUCCCUGCUGCUCACCGAGGAGCAGGAGAUCCAGGGCCAUGGCAACACCAGACCCCCCCAUGGGAGGCACUCCUCGCCCUGGUCCUUCCCCUGGUCGGGGUCCCUCACCGGGGGCAAUGCUGGGCCCCGGCUCCGGGCCCUCCCCGGGCUCCUCUCACAGUAUGAUGGGCCCUGGCCCCCCCACAUCUGGACACCCCCAACCAGGGCCCUCUGGAUACGGCCAGGACAGCAUGCACCCUCUGCACAAAUCCAUGGAGAGCCUGCACGAGAAGAGCCUGGGCGAGGAGGGCCGCUUCAGUCAGAUGAAGGGACUGUCUAUGAGACAGGGCGGGCACAGCGGCAUGGGGCCCCCACCCAGCCCUCUGGAUCAACACUCGCAAGGUUACCACUCUCCUUUGGGUGGGUCUGACCACUCCAGCCCCGUCCCUUCAAAUGGCCCCCCCUCUGGCCCUCUUCUGCCAUCCUCCUCCUCUUCUGGUGGUCCCGGCUUGGCCUCUGCACCAUUAGACGGUCCCGGUGGGGAUCCACACACCCUGGGUGCCAACAACCGGCCUGGACCUCCGGGUAGCUCUGGCCCCGGACCCGGCUUGGGCCCCGCUGUCUCUGGCCUAGUUUCUGCCCUUGAGCCUGGUGGCAGUCCGUGCCCUGGAGGUCUUGCGGGCCCUAUUCCAUUCAACCAGAACCAGCUUCACCAACUCAGGGCCCAGAUCAUGGCUUAUAAGAUGCUGGCCCGGGGGCAGCCGCUGCCAGACCACCUGCAGAUGGCCGUCCAAGGGAAGAGGCCGAUGCCCGGGAUGCAGCAGCAGCCCAUGCCCAGCCUGGCUCCUGGGGGGGGGGCGAUGGGUCUGCCAGGAGGACCAGGACCAGCGCCGAUGGGCUCAGGCUACAGUCGAGUUCAUGGAAUGAUGGGUCCCAACAUGCCUCCUCCAGGCCCAUCGGGUGCGGCCGGGAUGCAGGGACAAAACCCAAACGGACCCCCGAAGUCCUGGCCGGAAGGGUCCAUGGUGAACGCAGCAGCCCCCUCCAACGCACCCCAAAAGCUUGUCCCCGCUCAGCCGGCUGGUCGGCCCUCUCCCGCCCCGCCCUCAGUUCCCCCCGCUGCCUCCCCAGUGAUACCGCCCCAGACUCAGUCCCCCGGCCAGCCAGCACAGCCCACUCCCAUGAUGCCUUACCACGGCAAGCAGAACCGCAUUACCCCCAUCCAGAAGCCCUGCGGCCUGGACCCGGUGGAGAUACUGCAGGAGAGGGAGUUCAGGCUGCAGGCGCGUAUCACUCAUCGCAUUGCGGAGCUGGAGAACCUGCCGGGCUCUCUGGCCGGUGAUCUCCGUACCAAAGCCACCAUAGAGCUCAAAGCCCUCCGGCUGCUGAACUUCCAGAGACAGCUGCGUCAGGAGGUGGUGGUGUGCAUGCGUCGCGACACCACUCUGGAGACCGCCCUCGAUGCCAAGGCCUACAAGCGAAGCAAGCGGCAGUCCUUGCGAGAGGCGCGCAUCACGGAGAAACUGGAGAAACAGCAGAAGAUCGAGCAAGAGCGCAAGCGCCGGCAGAAACAUCAGGAGUACCUCAACAGCAUCCUGCAGCACGCCAAAGACUUCAAAGAGUACCACCGCUCAAUCACAGGCCGAAUGCAGAAAGUGACCAAAGCGGUGGCCACCUACCACGCCAACACCGAGCGCGAGCAGAAGAAAGAGAACGAGCGCAUCGAGAAAGAGCGGAUGAGGAGGCUCAUGGCUGAGGACGAGGAGGGUUAUCGCAAACUGAUUGACCAGAAGAAGGACAAGCGUCUGGCCUACCUGCUGCAGCAAACCGACGAGUACGUGGCCAACCUCACCGAGCUGGUGCGAGCUCACAAGGCGGUGCAGGCCCUCAAGGAGAAGAAGAAGAAGAAGAAGAAGAAAAAGAGGAAGUUGGAGAUCGCCGAGGCUCAGACCGCCGCCGUGGGUCCUGAUGGAGAGCCUCUGGACGAGACCAGUCAGAUGAGUGACCUGCCUGUGAAGGUCAUCCACGUGGACAGCGGGAACAUCCUGACGGGACCGGACGCUCCCAAAGCCGGACAGCUGGACGCCUGGCUGGAGAUGAACCCCGGUUAUGAGGUGGCUCCCCGCUCAGACAGUGAGGACAGCGAGGAGGAGGAGGAAGACGAGGAGGAGGAAGAGGAGGAGCCUCAGCCAUCAGCCACUCAGGUGGAGGAGAAGAAGAAGAUUGCAGACCCUGACAGCGAAGAUGUGUCCGAGGUGGACGUCCAGCACAUAAUCGAGAACGCUAAGCAGGAUGUGGAUGACGAAUACAGCGGCGCAGCUUUCGCCCGAGGCCUCCAGUCGUAUUACUCUGUGGCUCACGCCGUGACGGAGAAGGUGGAGAAACAGUCCAGUUUGUUAGUGAACGGACAACUCAAACAGUAUCAGAUUAAAGGUCUGGAGUGGCUGGUUUCCCUCUACAACAACAACCUGAAUGGGAUCCUGGCGGACGAGAUGGGUUUGGGAAAAACCAUCCAGACCAUCGCCCUGAUCACGUACCUCAUGGAGCACAAGCGACUCAACGGGCCGUCCCUCAUCAUUGUGCCCCUCUCAACCCUGUCUAACUGGGUGUAUGAGUUCGACAAGUGGGCACCGACGGUGGUGAAAGUGUCCUACAAGGGGUCUCCGGCUGCCCGACGAGCCUUCGUCCCCCAGCUUCGCAGCGGCAAGUUCAACGUCUUACUCACCACCUACGAGUACAUCAUCAAGGACAAACAAGUACUGGCCAAGAUUCGUUGGAAGUACAUGAUCGUGGACGAGGGCCACCGCAUGAAGAACCACCACUGCAAGCUGACCCAGGUGCUGAACACCCACUACCUGGCCCCGCGGCGGGUGCUGCUGACCGGCACGCCGCUGCAGAACAAGCUGCCCGAGCUCUGGGCCUUGCUGAACUUCCUCCUGCCGACCAUCUUCAAGAGCUGCAGCACCUUCGAGCAGUGGUUCAACGCCCCGUUCGCCAUGACGGGGGAAAAGGUGGACCUCAACGAAGAGGAGACCAUCUUGAUCAUUCGCCGUCUCCACAAAGUGCUUCGGCCCUUCCUGCUGCGCAGACUGAAGAAGGAGGUGGAGGCUCAGCUCCCAGAGAAGGUGGAGUACGUGAUCAAGUGCGACAUGUCGUCUCUUCAGAGGGUGCUGUACAGACACAUGCAGGCCAAGGGCGUCCUGCUCACUGACGGAUCAGAGAAGGACAAGAAGGGUAAAGGAGGCACAAAGACCCUGAUGAACACCAUCAUGCAGCUGAGGAAGAUCUGUAACCACCCGUACAUGUUCCAGCAAAUAGAGGAGUCUUUCUCUGAACAUUUAGGAUUCUCUGGUGGGAUAGUUCAGGGCCUCGACCUGUACCGGGCAUCGGGGAAGUUCGAGGUGCUGGAUCGAAUCCUGCCGAAGCUGCGGGCCACAAACCACAAAGUGCUGCUCUUCUGUCAGAUGACCACGCUCAUGACCAUCAUGGAGGACUACUUUGCCUAUCGCAGCUUCAAGUAUCUGCGCCUGGAUGGCACCACGAAAGCUGAGGAUCGAGGGAUGUUGCUGAAGACAUUCAAUGAACCGGGAUCAGAGUACUUCAUCUUCCUCCUGAGCACCAGAGCUGGAGGCCUGGGCCUCAAUUUGCAGUCUGCUGACACUGUGGUUAUUUUUGACUCUGACUGGAACCCACAUCAGGACCUGCAGGCGCAGGACAGAGCCCACCGCAUCGGCCAGCAGAACGAGGUGCGCGUGCUGCGCCUGUGCACGGUCAACAGCGUCGAGGAGAAGAUCCUGGCCGCUGCCAAGUACAAACUGAACGUGGACCAAAAGGUCAUUCAGGCCGGCAUGUUCGACCAGAAGUCCUCCAGCCACGAGCGCAGGGCCUUCCUGCAGGCCAUCCUGGAACACGAGGAGCAGGACGAGGUCUGGGGUCAGGAAGUGUGCCUUCGCAUUAAUGAGGAGGACGAGGUGCCAGACGACGAGACGGUCAACCAGAUGAUCGCCAGGAGCGAGGAGGAGUUUGAGCAGUUCAUGCGCAUGGACCUGGACCGCCGUCGCGAGGAGGCCCGUAACCCUCGGCGAAAACCUCGCCUGAUGGAGGAGGACGAGCUGCCCACCUGGAUCAUGAAGGACGACGCCGAGGUGGAACGGCUGACCUGCGAGGAGGAGGAGGAGAAAAUGUUUGGACGUGGAUCUCGGCAGCGGAAGGAGGUGGACUACAGCGACUCGCUGACGGAGAAGCAGUGGCUGAAGGCGAUAGAGGAGGGAACGCUGGACGAGAUCGAGGACGAGGUGCGUCACAAGAAGACGACGCGGAAGAGAAAGCGGGACCGCGACCUGGAUGUCCCCGGCCCCUCCUCUUCCUCGGGGGGACGAGGCCGAGGGGACAAGGACGAGGACGGGAAGAGGCAGAGGAAGAGGGGGCGGCCGCCUGCUGAGAAAGUCUCCCCCAACCCCCUCACAGUCACAAAGAAGAUGAGGAAGAUCGUGGACGCCGUCAUCAAGUAUAAAGACAGCGCCAGCGGGCGUCAGCUGAGCGAGGUUUUCAUCCAGCUGCCGUCUCGAAAGGAGCUCCCGGAGUACUACGAACUGAUCCGCAAGCCGGUGGACUUCAGGAAGAUCAAGGAGAGGAUUCGGGGUCAUCGCUACCGCACUCUGGGCGAUCUGGAGAGAGACGUCAUGCUGCUCUUCCAAAACGCUCAGACCUUCAACCUGGAGGGAUCGCUGAUAUAUGAAGACUCCAUAGUCCUCCAAUCGGUGUUUACCAGUUUGAGGCAAAAGGUGGAGAAGGAGGACGAAAGUGAUGGCGAGGAGAGCGAGGAAGAGGAGCUGGAGGAAGGAUCGGAGUCUGAAUCUCGCUCGGUGAAAAUGAAGAUCCGUCUGGGAAAGAAGGACAAAGGUGGAGACCGAGGGAAGGGACGCAGCAGGCGGACAGGACGCAGCCGAGCCAAACCUGUAGUCAGUGAUGACGACUCCGAGGAGGAGCAGGAAGAGGAGCGCUCCCUCGACGCCACCGACGACGAGUCCUGAACCGCCCCGUGAUGUGGGGGAGAGCGGGCGGUGAAGCGAUGCUCCACCCGCUGCAUUUACACUAAAUAAAACCAUCAACCUUCAGCUGAAUGUCACGGGGCUCGGAUGGAGGAGCGGUUAGUAGAACUGUAAAUACAGGAACAAUAAACAGGCAAUAUCCUUUGGACUGUGCACAUGACCACAUUAAACCCUCCCUGUUUCUGUGUGAAAGGCCUGAGCGCAGACGGAUCACUGCAGCGUUUCAUCUUUGCAAUUUCAGGAGCGUCUUUGAUUGGUUCUUUUUCCGCAAACGUUGUCAGUGUGCAGAUUUUAAAAACAUUCCCGGGAACCGACUGGACGUUAAAUGGCACGAGGCCGUUUGUUGCCCAAAUCUAUUUACAUUCAUAAGCAGAACAUGAACACAUUAAUAAAUGGUUAAUAAUAUGCUGCCAUGUAGUUGUACACUGUUAUAAGGGAAUUUUUAUUUUUACAGUAAAUACAUUCUCCUAUAAAGACUUAUUUUAUUUUCUUACUUUGCUUGUGGCUGAAAAGUAGGAGCAUUUAAAUCUGUUGAGAAUUACUUCUCAACUGCUCACGAUCCGCUACGUCAUAGUAUGUUCUACACCACAGUGUUAAUAAAUGCUCAUAGGGUUUUCAUCACGACCCACCUGAGCAUUCGUUAAGAGGACUUCAGGUUCAGUUGGUUAAACGUGACGCAACAACGCAUUUCAUUUCCUGCACACGCCGGCUUUCGUCCAGAUUUUGGAACUAAUCGUGAUCCGACGCGAGUCCUCAGCCGCCCUGAGGAGUUACAGCCGGCGGGAUCCAGUGAUGUGAAGCAAACAGCGUUGAAUGUCCACAUGUCUUCAUGCGGCUCUGUGUUUUCACCCUCCCACUGUGAUGACCAAACGGCAUCUCCGUGCCCGGCCUGCUGGCAGCUGGCUGAGGGUCGAUGGAGUCCAGCACAGAGCGCAUCUUCCAAUACAAGCACUUGUAGCUGUUGAUUGUACAGCUAAAGACUCACGAGGCCGUGUUGCAUCAACGAGCGCUGUAACUUGAAUCGCUUCUCCUGCAGUUGUUGUGUGGUGAUUUUAAGAUUUCUGAAGUGUUCGAUGUACUUUCUGCACUUUUUCUGUGUUUGAUUUCAAGACGAAGGACCAGAGGGACAGCGGCUCUCCUCUGCUUGUGAACGCCUCACGGCCGUACGGUGUUGGAUAAACUGUAGCGAGGGCGUAACGCCAACGCACGCGUGUACAGUGCUGUACUUCUUUUUUUUGUUAAGGUAGAGUUAACGACAUACAACCAAAGCAUCGACUUUGUUCCUCUGACGUUUCGGGAUCUGUCUGUGUUGUGCUGUGAUCGCCGUCGCCGGGAACUUGAAACGUAACAAUAAAUGACAGUAAAAGUAAA